UUUACUGGUUGUAGCUUUUCUUAAGACAUAUUUAUUAAUAAUAACUACCCUUUAAUUUAAUUAUAAAUAGUAACUAAAAUACUUUUUAUAUUUACCACACAUAGCUAUAUCAGUAACUUUUAGUUACUGAGGCCAAAUACACACGUAAAACCCUCCCCCAUAUCCCCAAAUCCCACGUUUAACGGUUAGUCAAUUAAAUUUGUCAGAUUCUCUCUCCAGCAACAUUAAUCCUUGCCUUUUUUUUCUCCACUACCUUCCUUCACGUUUCAUCAUCUUCUAACCAUUGUUGCGAAAAUUGGGGAAGUUGUAUUUGGAUAGGUUUUUACAUUCUAUUAGUGUAUUUUUGUUCGUAAUAACUUCCUAUUUUCAAAGAUUUUGAAGCGUAUUCAACUUCCAAUUCUUUCCUUUUUCUUCUCCAAUACCUUCCUUCAUGAUUCUUCAUCUUCAAAUCAUUGUUGCAGAAAUUGGGGAAAGUUGUGUUUGGGUUUUUGAAGAACAUCCAUUAAUGGCAGACGGAACAACACCUAAUAGGGUUACUCGAGCCUCUGCCGAUAAAAUGGCUGCUGAAAGGCGUUCCAAGAAUAUUCAUGAUCCUCGAAGAGUUCAAAAUCCCCCAAUUGCAAAAUCUUCAAAGAAAAUAGAUUCGGCUACAGUCACGAAGAGGAGAAAAACUACUGAUAUUGUUCCGGGCAGCAAGGGGAAACAAGUCGUAGAGGCUGAAGCGGAAGAAGAGAAAUUACCUGCGAAGAAACAGGUAUUUCUUUGAAUAUAUGUGGUUUUUAUGUUAAUAAAUGUAUGUGUAGCUAAAAUGUAUUUCAAUCUCUACUAUUACUGAUGUUCAAUUCCUGGGACUUUGAUCUUUUAACGAAUCAUGUGUUUUGACACAUGUAUAGAUAUGUUCUUGAACAAGCGAGGACUGAUAAUCAUGUAUUUGAACACAUGUGUUAUAUAUAUUUUGAUUUUUUUUUUGUAUGUUCUGUUACACUUAACUGUGUAUUUGAACAAAUGAUUAACUAAUUAUCAUGUAUUUGAACAUAUGAAUUAUAUGUAUUUGCACACACUUGUAUGUUUCUAUUACAACUAACUGUGUAUUUGAACAAAUGAAGAACUGAUUAUCAUGUAUUUGAACA